AUGUGGAACCUAACAACCAAAACUCGAGGACUGUCUCCGGCGCGGUCUCCGUCGUCUGACAUGGCGGGACCAGCAGACCGGCGGCGACGCGGACACAGGGGAUGGGGAGACGCGCAAGCUGCAGAGGACAGCCGACGCGGCGAGGAGAGAGCCGAACGCCCCGCGCGGAAGAGAGCUUUCCGCCGCGGCGAAAGGCGCUGUCCUCUCUCGUCGUCGGCUGCGGCUGCCUCAGGCCGAAUCAAAUAUAGCGUACUCUCUUCUCUAGUCUCCACUCGCAACGUGCUGGCGGUCCAGCCGAAUCGCGUGUCAGCGGCCUCGCCGGUGAGGCGUCGCGCAGGCCUCGACCCCCAGCGGGACUCUACGGAGGCGCUUGGAGCGGCUUCGGCGCACGCCCGCGAUUACGCCGCCUCGACGGCCGUUUCACCGUCUCCUCCGCCCUUCUCUUCCGACGUGUGUGCCCUCCGAGCGUGCUCGGUCAGCCUCAGCAGCCGUCAGUCCACUGGGACCUCGAGCGAGGCUCUCGAAACCGCUGCGGCGGUCUCUCAGCAGUCCCGGUCUCCCCCAUCCUUCCUGUCGCUGCUUCCGCCUUGCCUGGUCGCGGAGCUCGGGGGUUUUCUGGCCCCAGCAGACCUCGUGGCCGUGUCGUCCUCGGCGCGCGACUUUCGCUGGCUGGCACACUGCCAGGCUCUUUGGCGACGUCUCUGCUUUUACGCGGGCUUCGCGGUGUGGUGCGGGGAGCGACGCCUCGCUUCGGAUUCGUUUUCAGCUCGACGCACGCGGCCUCCAGGGCCACUGCAGGCAGCCGCGGAGACUCGACGUGCCGCCGCCGACGCAGAGCCUUGCCGCGCGCCUCCCGACGCAGCCCCGACGGCGAGGGCUGCGUCUCGCCCACGUCGUCAAGAGAGCGAACACGAGAGAGACCUGCCGCAGCUAAACUGGAAGCUCAUCUUCAUCCUGAACGCGCUCGUUCAGGGCCGAAGGGCUGCGCGUUCGCCUGGAGGCGAAGGGAACGCUUCUCGCACUCCCGCAGGCCACGUCAGGCCGUCGCCGUCGCGGCUGCCUCCUCCGCGUCGUCUGCGGCUGGAAGCCUCGAGCACGCGGCGCUCCGUCUGCGUCGUCGUGCGCAUCGGAUCAGUUGAUCUCCUUCUGCCUCUGCCUCCCUUUUCUCGGCGCAUUGUUUGCUUUCUGCGUUCACGCAGUCUCCUCCCAGACGCCGGCUCGUCGUCCGCGUCCUCCACAUCGCCUUUUCCGCGGUCUCCGUCUCCCAGCCGCGGACGCGCGAGCGCCUCUGAGCGCGCGGACGCCCUCGCGCAUCCCUGGGCUCCGCCAGCGCGAGAGUCUCUCUUGCGAAGGCGUUUGCCGCCGCGGGAGCGUCUACCAGGGGGCUUUCGUCAGGCGGAAAUGCCCGCGGCACCGACCCAGGGGCAGCGGUCCGCAUGCAGCGCAGCCAAAGAGGAGACGAAGACGGCACAGAACCCAGCCAAAGAGGUUGAGCUCCGCGCCUGCCUCGGGGCGGAGAAAGCGAGAGGCGACCGCGAGGGCGCGCGCAGCGGGCGACUCCUUCCCCUUUUAUCGCCGCUGUGUGGGGGAACCGCAAGCGCCGAUUCUUCCUGCCUUUUGUCUGCGCACACCCGCGCCUCUUCGCUUCUCGCCCCCGCGUUGGGAGCCUCAGCGGACGCGCGCCGAGUCGACGCGCGCAGAGCCUCGCAGCGUGCUGAGACGUCUUCGCGGACGCUCCUUCAGCUUUUUCCCUUCGAGCGCCUCGCUCGCAAGUCUCCUUCCGCUCCUUCUUUUCCUCCGCCUGGCGCUGCCUCUCUCUCUGCCGCGCAGUUUGUUCAGGCGGUGAUUCUUCCACUGCUGUCGCCCGCCGAGCGCGCUUUGCCGGCGCGCCUGCGACAUCUUUUGCGAAGCGGUAGACCGGGGUUGCCGGUGCCGGACUCAGAGGACGUGACUCCCUGUCAGCACUACUUCUUCGAGAGGCCCGUAGUCCACGAAGCGGUCUCGCUGGUGGCGCGCCUGCCCAGACACACCGCCGCGGAAGGGAUCGACGCUGUUGAGGCAGCGGGCGCACGGGCAGCCGGCGGCGAGCAGCCCUCGCGGUGCCCUGGGCGAGGAGAAGGAGACGCGCCCGAGCGACCGCGCGCGGGUCUUACCGGCCUCGAGCCCUCCACAUCUUCUUCAGCUCGGUUUGAGGCUUCCUCUGUCGCGGCUUCCUGUGCGCCUUCGGCACCGUCCAGAGGCGCUCUUCCAUGGUAUGUUGCUUCUCCGGCGUCGGCCGCCCGCGCUCUUCCUUUGACUUUGGAUUCUCGGCCCUCCCAGUCGAGGGCGUCUGUUGUUUUCUCCUCCGUCUCCUUUCCACGUUCUACCUCGUCUCCUCGUCCCUCGUCUGUGUGUCCCUCGUGCGGCUCUCCGUGCGAGGAGGUUCCUUCGCGCCGAGUCUGCGUCCUGGACUGGCCGUUGCCGCCCUCUGGAGGCGUCUGCGCCUCCCCGCAGUCUUUCCCCGAGCUAUCGCGCGCCUCGGAGCCCGCGCAGGACGCUCCGAGCCGGUGGUCGGCUCCACUCCCGUCUCCCUUUUCUUGGGACUCGCCGUGCGCGGGCCCGCAGCCCGCGCCGUGGUCAGCGUCUCCGCGGCGGUCGCCUGAGAGACGCGAGACGUGCCAGCGGCGUUUGCCGGCACGGCCAUCGCCAGGGAGCCGAGCCUCUACGUUGUCCCUCGACAGUUUACCCGCUCUUCCGCUGGACGCCCCCCCUCUUUCCCGCUCGGUGUGGAGUCGGCGGGCGCCCUACCGCGGGCGCCGGCGCCGCGGGCUCGCGAGCGGGGUAGACGGAAGUGCCUCUCCGCAGGAGUCUGCCGCUGAGAGCCCGGAGUUUUCCUGGCGGCGUCUCCGUUUCGGGGACGUCGUGUGGGGUCGCGACCGCACCAGGGCGCCUUCGUCGUCUCUGCAAGACGCGGAAGACCUGUCUUUCUCUGAAUCAGACGACGACCGCAGGGCCUCGCCCUCACUCUCGCGCGUCGCCCAGCCGCGCUCGGCUUUGUCAGGCAUCUUUCUGCACUUGUCCCUUCCGCGUCUGUCACAGGCGUCGCUGCCUCCGUCCCUGUCGGCCGCCUCUUCGCUCUUCUCCUUCCUGUCUUUCGCCUUCCCCAACGCGAGCAGGGGCGACACGCUGCACCAAGAGGACGCGGAGGGCGAGGGGGACAGGCCGGUAAUCUCGCUUCUCCUCUCGCCGCUCCUCGGGCCCUGGCUGCAUCCGCAGAACUUUCUCCCGGGCGCGGCGGUGGCCUCUCAGGCGACGACGCUCGUCGCCACGGCUCUCGAGCCCUUCCUCUCGACGCACCCGACCGCGACGGCGGCGGGCGUCCUGCUGGCGUCGCUGCUCGCCGCGUUCGCCACCAGCGUCUCUGGAGCCCUGACGACCGCGGCGGCGACAGCCGCGGCCGCGGUCGUGGCGGCUCACGGGGGGGCAGGGGCGUGCUCUGCGGUCGCGGCGCUCGCGUCUGCGGCGGUCCACAGCGACUACGCCUUCGAGGAAGAUGACGAAGACGAAUGCGGUGAGAGCCGCGGGCUCGCAUCUCUUUUCGCGUUUUUGUUCUUGGAGAACUCACACUGCAGUCGCCAGCUGCCGCCCUCUGGAGCCGCUGAACACGUCGUGCCCUCCUCGCAGGGCCUUGACUCAAGCGCGGGGGGGGGACCAGAUGCAGCUCCUUCGCGCCCGCGGCCGCCGUCUUCUCUCAGCGCGCAGCCGAAGGCGGCGACCCCCCACGCGCCGGGAGGCCCGCCGACAGGGCGCGAGGUCGACGCCGAGGAAACAUACGAGCCACAGUCGAGUCGCGAGGCUGACCAGACGCGGGGGAGGAGGAGCGCGGGCGGCGGCUUGGGCGACGGCGCCGGAACUCAAGAGCGAGAAAGCGAAGAGGCCAGCGAGGACGGGUUCUUCAAGAGUCACGAGGAAGGACUUGUGAAGCUUCUCCUCUCUCUCGACAUCGCCACACUCUUCUCCAACAUCUCGCUCUCCUCCUGGCUCGCCGCGUGCUGCCAAUUUGUCGCGCUCACGCGGGCGCGGGCGGCCCUGGACGUCCGCGGCAUCCCCCUCGUCGCGGCGCUGUCGACUGCGUCGUUCACCACCCUCCACGCGGGCGACAACCCGGCCGCAGGGAGAGAGUUGCCGAGCACCAAACAGGAGGAGGACGACGAGGAAGGCAGUGCGGGCGCAUCGGCUGAGACGUGGACCGCAGAGAGCAGAGAGAAAGUGCCGGCGGGGCUGGGUUGCGGGCUGUCACCACCUGCGCUGGGAAGGAGCGAGACGGAGGAGGAAGAAGAACACGGGCGGGAUGAGACGCCGUUCUCCAGUUGCACAGAGAGCAACGGAGAAGCCUUCUCCCUCGGAACGCGGAGUCAGACAACUCAUACACCACAGUCUCGAUGUGGGGGGGCACACGUCAGCCACGGCAACGGCACGCGCAGGGCAGCGGCAGGCCCGAACAUGCCGUUGCCACGCGGCCAUCGGGCUCCUCGUGUUGGAGCUGCUUGUGACCCCUUUGCCUGUUCGCCGCUCGCCCGCCCUCCUCAUCCUCCUUUGGCAACCGCGCUCAUCCACGGUGCGCGCCUCGCUUCCUCACAGGCCUCUCCGUCGCCCUCCUCGCGGCGGGCUUGUUCCGAGUUUUCGUCCUACGUUUCGUCUUCUUUCGACGCGACAGGCGCCUCUCCCUCUUUUUCAACCUCGCAGCAGGCGUGGCCGCCUGGGAGCCGACCUCAGCCCCUCUCUCUCGCCGCGCUCCACGGCACCCCUGCGCAUGCUUCUGCUUCUGUCUCUUCUCAGUCUUCUUCCGCGGUUCGCACGCGGUCCGUCCGACUCUCGGGUCACCCGCGCGCCGAUCUCUCUCGGUCUCCAGUUGUCUCUCGCGACCCCCUCCGCCCUUCGGGUUCACCGGCGGUCUCUGCUGUGUCUCCUCACGGCCUCUCCGUCUCGCCCUCUACGUCCCUGUCCUCUUCAUCGCCCUCGUCGCCUUCGGACAAAGAGAUCGUGCCGCGGCGAGGUGCCGCGUCCCCACGCUCUCCUUCUUCGUCUUCUUCGCGGUCUUCUUCCCCUCUCCCCUCGCGUUCCGCUUCUUUCUCGUUGCGUGUCCCGGCGGGCUCCGCUUCCUCCUCGACGUUCGGUUCCUCCUCCUCUCCCGUGUCCUCCGCGGUGGUUGCGCACGCGCCCGCGCGGGACUCCUCCGCGCUGCUCUGGGGUCUCUCGUGGCUGUGGCCGCUGCUCGGGGUCUCCGCGGGCCGAUUGACCCCGCAGAAGCCCCUGCGCGCCGGGAGCGUCGCAGCCGCCGCGGGCCUUGUCGCCUGGCUGGCGAUCGCGGCGACCGGCAGCGCCGGCGCGGCGGCGGCGUUCGCGGCGGCGGCCUCGCUCGUCGCUUCGGGCGGCGCAGCUCUCGAGGGGGCUGGCUGGCUGGCGGGUGGCGUCGCUGGGGGAGGCGAAGACGCGGGGGACCAAGAAGGGCGCAGAGAGAGGGCGAGGCGGAAGUGCGCAGACUGCACAGCGAGAAGCAGCGACGACCGCACGCAGGACGCCGCGGACGACGAUCUAGCGGACCUGAGGCAGGAAACCGAGAGAGAGGAAGGGGUCGCGGCCGGCGCCUUGGGGGAGGCGACGCCCUUUCGCCCGCCACGAGCCGCGAGGCGCGUGGAAUGCGCGACCCGCGAGGAGGGCGAAAAAGGAGAACGAAGCGGCCGACAGCGGCAAGAAGCCCUGCAGCCAGGAGGACGAGAAGCGAGGAAGAAGAGACAGAGGGAGAAAAGAAUGCAGCGGAGGGAAGAUGGGAACUCGCAGGGAGAAGACGAGGAGAUCAGAGACGAGCGAGGAGGGAGCGACGGCGCGGGGGCCGACCGGGAGGCAGCAGAGGGACGAAGGAGACCGGGCAAGAAGAGACAGAGAGUGAAGAAGAAAGCAGAGCGACAGACACACGCGAGAAAGCGGGAAAACAGGGGAGUGGAACCGGGGGAAGAGGAGAGAAGAGAAGACUGGUGCGCGCGGAGACAGCCCUCACUCAGGGACACUGGAGGCCCGACAGCAAGGAAGCGCCAGAGGACGGCCAGCGAAGAGAGAAUACGCGAAAGAAAGACAAGAGAAGACGAUGCAGGGAAGGAAGAAGAGACGGGAGCUACGGAGAGGACCUCGCGAACGGAUAGCGGCAAAGCGCGCUGCGAAGUUCGAGGAAGGAAACGACCGCGGAGGAGCGGGAGCGAGCUCGACGCAGCACGAGGAGGUGGAGAAAGAGGCGGCGAUGAAGCCGCGGGCGCCGGGGAGGACAGGGCUGCCGGGAGUGGACGCAGGAGAGCAUCCUGUGCGAAUCUAAUCGAAGAUGAGGGUGAAGAAAGAAAUCAGAGACGUGGAGCCAGAGCGGGGGGCGGAGACUACGGAGACCAACUGACCACGGGGGAUCCAGAAGCGCGGCGAGACGGCGGAAAUCGUGUCGCGGACGCGCACGCUGUUCAGAGGCGGCAGACACCGCCGCGUGAGAACGACUUGGCGGCGGAGGGAGAGGCAGGAGAAGGCCUUGAGCGUCUCGGCAGCUCCGAGUACGAGGAGGAAGAAUCGCACCACGAAGGAGAGAGGAGGGUCGCGCUGUCGAGGAAGCGAAGCCUCGCUUUUUCUCUCUGUCUGUUCACAAACGCUUGUGUUUCAGGCCUUCCUCCAGCGGAGCCCACGCUUCUCACAGAGCGCCGCGCGGCGGCGGAUCGUGCCUAUGCGAGGGACCGGCUCAGCAGCGGUUUCGCGUGCAGCUGCAGCCGCAAGGGGGACUCGUGCGAUGAGGGAGAGCGUCUUCUGCCUCCAUUCUUCCUGUCUAGGCUGCUGCACGCCCCUCUGGUCGCGGCUCAGCAACUGGCCGCACCCCCUGCCGCGCUUCUCCUUUUUCUGCGAGUUCACAUUCCCUUCCUUUCCCGUGACCCUCUCUCCAGCGCGCUGGCACGCGAGACUUGCGCGGGUGUUUCCUGCGCGGCGGCGACGGAGACUAGCGAACCACAACAGCGGCUGUCGCCGGCCGCGAAGGCGCGCUCGCUUGCCUCCUGGGCUUCGUUCUCCUCUCCGUCUCCAUUCCUGCCGCCGGUUGCGCCGCCAGUCCGCACAUGCGCCUGUUGCUGGCGACCGGGGGACGACGGGGGAGCGCCGGGCGCUGCGGGUUGCGCCGCCAGAGACCGCGAGAUCGAGAUCGGCCUUCUUCUCAGCCGCGAGGCGACGGUCCAGCAUCUCCUGAUUCACGUCUUUGUCUCUCUUCUGGAGCGCGGACUGCUCCCCGCCGCGGAACGCGUCCACGAGGGUGCUGCGCUCGAAAGGAAACGCCCACCCUCGCGAACGGUGAGAGGGAAAACGAAGGGGAGGCAGACACAGGGAGAGACCGGAGGAAGGGUGGGGGAUGCGCUAGCGAACGCAGCAGCUGAGCAGCGAGGAAGCGGGGCUGCGGCAGGCACAACAACCGCGGCCCGGGGGUACGUGGGAAAGCGGAGAGAAGCGAGCGAGGAGGCGCCUGUUGAGAACGCCGAGAGAAGUCUCUUUUGCGCGUGGCUGGCCUCUUCGUCGUACGCGUCUUCUGCGACGCCCAUGCUGCAGCCGCAGCCGCGACCCGACGCCCGCCUGAUUCGAGAUUGCCGGUUUUCCUUCGGCGAGCGUCUCCACGUGAUUCCCUCUCCCGUAUUUUUGGCGCAUGCGCCCGCGCACGCGCCUCCGCCUCCCCUAGUCCUCACGCUCGGCUCAGGCUGCGCGGCCUCUUCUUCUUCGCCGUUCUCUCCUCAGCCUGCCUGCGCAUGUCUUCGCGCCUCAAGCCGCAUGACUAUGGCAGCUGCUGCCGCUGCAGACAGCCGGCCGUCUUCCGGCUCGUUCUGGCCUCCCUCGCUCUCACCGUCUUCACAAGUGGAGGCCGACAAGGCAGACGAGACCUGCGCGAAAUCCCGCGCGGAGCCCGCGCACGCGUCCUCUCCCUCCGUUUCGCCUUCGGCGCCCGCAUCUCCUCUUUGUCCGCCGGCGCCGGUCGCUUCCUCAUCCGCGUCGGCGCCUCGUGUCUCCUCCCUGUCUCCUAGUUCCUCUUCGGAGCCCCUCGCGCCCCAAACCGCUCGCAUGCUGGCGGCAGCGGCGGCGUGGCUGCGGGCGCUGAGAGUCUCGCUGGAUGCCCGAGAGCUAGGCGCUCCAGGGUUCGUUCUUUUUCGUCAGUCGGAGUCGCCUUCUCCUCAGCGCCCCGGUCAAAGCGACGCCGGUCCGCGCUCGGCGCUGCUCGCUGAGCCACUGCCUUCCUCGCUGCAGCCCUCGCCGCAGCCCUCGCCGCAGCCCUCGCCGCAGCCCUCGCCGCAGCCCUCGCCGCGUGCGUCUUCGCAGUCUCGCUCCCCGUUUUCCGCGUCGCGGCCAGAGCCUCUGUCAGCCAGAGGACAAGUCCAGAGCACCGGCGGCCAGGAGGACAGAAGAGAAGCUGAAGAAGACUCUCGCCGACGCCUCCACGUCGACUCGAGAAACGGUAUCGCUGGAGACAAUCUGGGCGACGGCGCAGGCCGCCAGGAGGGAGAAGGAGCCACCUUGAGCGCGGCGACGGAAGGCGGCGAGCUGCGGCGCGAGACAGACGCCGCGCGGCCUCGGGCCUCGUCGGCGCCUCGUCGGGAGAGCGCACUCGCCUGUUCGCGUCGUUUGCUGGCGUCGACUGCAGGCGUCCGCCAGUUCGAGUUUCACCCCGAUAUCCCGGAAGUCAUUCUCACGGGGCACCGAGACGGGUCGAUCAGGAUCGUCGACUGCGUGCGAGACGUCGCCACCGCCAGUCUCCCUGUCGACAGCGGACCCAUCUUAGGGCUCGCGUGGCUUCGACAGCACCCUGGGCGACUCGUCUGCGGGGCGAGUGCGACGGGCGCACCCUACUACGUGUCCUGGGACGUCUCCCGUUCCCCUCUCGACGACGCGCAGAGAGAGAGUCGGCGCGGGCGCGUUGGGCGAGGGGCAAGAACGCCGACGGGCGGCGAGGCCGCUCGGCGAGGCUGGCUCGAGAGCGAGGCUGGCGAAGAGCUGGACGAGGAGACGCGCCUGCGGCUUUCUUCGUCCGACGAUGAAGAUCCAGACGACCGGCCUCAGAGCGACUGCGAGGCCAAGCGCGAACGUCUGGCUCGCGCAGACGAGAGAGAGCGACCCGCCAGCGGAAGGGUACACGCACGCGCCUGGGCGACGGCGGCGGCUCGAUCUUCCCCGAGCAGCUCGACGUGGUUCAGCCGGCCUCUCCCUUUUGAUUCGUCGCCGCGUCGUCGCCAGACUUCCGCACGCCAGCGAAUGGGGGGGCGAGAGGCGCGCCCGGGGAGUCUCCUGUUACCAGCGUGGGAGGGAGCUCUGAGUUCGCCGUCUGUCUCAGACUCGACUCUCGCGCUUCGCGGGUCGCCCGGGCCGCCCGCGGCGCGCCGGCGCGCGGCCGUCUCGUCGUCUUCCUCUUCGCUCCGCGUCGUACACACUGGCGUCUCGUUCGAUCAGCAGCUGAGUUCUCUGUCGGUGUCGUGUACCGACGACUUUCUACUUCUCUCGGGAUUCAGCCCUGACCUCAGCCUCCACGACCUGGCCACGGGGCGGCGCCUGGGGACCCUCCACGGCCUCCACAGCGGCACAGUCAACACGGUCAGAUUCUCGUCGACGUCGCCGCACCUGUUUGCCACGGCGUCCUUCGACCACACAUGCAAGCUCUGGGACCUCCGCCAGCGCAUCGGCCUGACGCCAUGCGCCUGGCGGGGUUCAGCGCGAGGCGGUGGCCUGGGCGCCUUCACCGGCGGCGGGUUGACGCCCCGGGGGACGCUGGGCGACUUCGCAGCGGGACGCGGCGAGAGUGGGGCGGCGGCGGUGCCUGUUCAGACCUUCUCCACUGGCUCGCCGAAUGUCAUGUGCGCGUUUUCUGACGACGGCCGCUGGCUGCUCUGCUCGGGGGUUGAUACAGUGCUCAAACAGUAUGCCUUGCCCGCUUUCGCCGCGACUCCCCACCGCUUUGACCUGCCGCCCGCGCGCACCAACGCCACCGCAAACUUCCGCCGCGCCUUCUACCUCCGCGGCGGCCGCCGCCUCGUUACGGCGGGCACCGAGGAGAGCGUCGUGCGGGUGUUUGAGGCAGCCAGUGGAGACAGCGUCGGCUGCGUCUCCUUCGCAGGGCUUCUGCAGCAGAACCUAUCGCAACGCAGAGCCGAGACCCGCGGGUGGUCAGCCCCCCAGGAAGGGCGGCGCCCAUCUCCCCUCCGCGAGCGAUUCGCCGAGCUCUAUGGGGGUGCUUGCGAACCUGACGACACAACCCAGUGGCGGAGACAGGACGGGCUCGCGGCUUUCCGGCUGCGCCAAGGCUCGUUAGACGGCGAGCGAAGAGGAGGAGGCCCUGGGGAGAGAGGGAUCCAUCAUCCCCGAGCGACUCAGCCAGAGAGGCCACCACGGCCAUCUUCCAGAGGCAGGCGCUUCGUGCAUUCAGCCGCGGAACGGACGACGCGUUGGGCCCGGGGGGCGUCUGUUGACGCCGCCCUGAGCGCUGCCUCGCUGCCCUCUUCUUCCGGAGGAAGGAGUCUCUUCGGUCGCGCCCGUGUGCGUCUCCCCCCGCAGAGGAGUCGGCGCCGCGGCCUGCCGGGGGGCGGGGGAAGGGGCGACGUGAGCGGGGUUGGUGAUUCCACAGAAACUGAGACGGCGGCAGCGGACAGCAGCCAAGAGGAGUCGUGGCUAGAUAGUGACAGUGACGACUUGGAAGGCUCCGCCUCUGCGAUGAGCUAUCAGGCCACGGGGGGCGCAGAGGACGCGUACGGAGCUCAGCGCGCGCACGACGGUGCGUCGUCUGCGUCUUCCGUGUUUCUGCCUCUGCUUUCUUCCCCCGAGGUGUGGGCGCGUGCGACCGCGGUUGCCGCAGCGGGAAGGGAGUUUUUCGUGGCGUCCCUGCGUGAGUUGUUGGUGCGUUUCGAGCUGCGGCUGCAUCAGCUGAACCUGCCCUCGGCGUGGAGUCUGGGCGAGCACGGUGUCGCAGCCUCGUCGUCUCGCGCGAGCCUCGCGGCCGCCAGUGAAGAGUAUAUCCAGUCGCUCAGGGGGCAUCCCUGCGACGACAAUACGUUUGCGGUGCUGGUCGCCAUGUCGGGCGUCUCUCCCUACGGCCGCGAGGCCGAGGAAGGCGCCUCGGGAAGCGAGGCAGAGGGGAGCGAGCGGGGCGCUGGGGGCCAGCCUCCAGGGGCAUGGAAGCAUCAGGCCUUUGUAGUCUUGACGGAGCUCAGCCAAGCGAGACGCGGAGAGUACUGGAGCUGA